GCACAAACGCGACAACCGCGCAAACUGUUCAGCUAGCCAAGACGCAGCACGCCGUCGUUGAUUCUGGAACUUCGAUGCUGGUCGGUCCCAAAGCAGAGGUCCAUGCCGUGGCGACUUUGUUGGGCGCCAUGGCUUUCGACCAUCUCUGGGUCCUGGACUGUUCCGGCUCCCUUCCCCGGCUGACCUUCGUCAUUGAUGGGAAGGAUUACGAGCUGACGGGAGAGGACCUGAUCAUGGAGAGGCAAGACAACCUAUGCUUGCUGGGUCUCCAGGCGAACGAUGGAUUUACUCCGCACUGGGUGUUGGGCAACGUCUUCAUGCGAAAGUUCUACGUGCAGUUCGACUAUGGACAGCGACGUAUCGGCUUCGCGAAGGCCUCCCGACCUGUGCGCCUCGUUUGA